GGUCAAAAAGAAAAAAAAAACUUGGGAUUUUGAUUAGAUCCUUCAAGAACUUCAUUUACAUUGGCAACUCCCAAAGGCCUUCUUUCUCUCUCAUUAGAUUCGAAUCUUUUACUUUUCACAUGAUCAUCAUCACGAGAUCCUCUCCUCUCCUUCUUCUACUUGUUUCUCCUCCUCUCAACUCAAAACGUUAAUCUCUAACUCAACCCUUGUCUGAACAACAGCAAAAACAACAACAACACAGAGAAUGGCUGGUACAUCUACCAAGAGGUUCCCUCUCUACGCUAAGGACUAUGAGCUCUUCGAAGAGGUAGGUGAAGGUGUUAGCGCCACCGUGUACAGAGCCAGGUGCAUUGCUCUUAACGAAAAUGUCGCCAUUAAGAUCAUGGAUCUAGAAAAAUGUAGAAACGACUUGGACACGAUACGGAAGGAAGUUCACAUUAUGAGUUUAAUAGACCAUCCGAACCUGUUGAAAGCGCAUUGCUCUUUCAUCGACCGUAACAGCUUGUGGAUUGUGAUGCCGUACAUGUCUGGUGGGUCGUGCUUUCACCUCAUGAAGUCUGUUUAUCCAGAAGGUCUGGAGCAGCCUAUCAUCGCUACUUUGCUUAGAGAAGUGCUCAAGGCUCUUGUUUAUCUCCAUAGACAAGGACACAUCCACAGAGAUGUUAAGGCUGGGAACAUUCUGGUUCACUCAAGAGGUGUGGUUAAGCUUGGAGACUUUGGAGUUUCAGCGUGCAUGUUUGAUAGUGGUGAAAGGAUGCGUACAAGGAACACGUUCGUUGGAACUCCUUGCUGGAUGGCACCUGAGGUUAUGCAGCAAGUAGACGGAUAUGAUUUCAAAGCGGACAUAUGGUCGUUUGGCAUAACUGCACUAGAGCUCGCUCAUGGUCAUGCCCCAUUUUCUAAAUAUCCACCUAUGAAGGUGCUGCUAAUGACCUUACAAAACGCUCCUCCUCGUCUUGACUAUGAGAGAGACAAGAAGUUCUCAAAGUCGUUUAGAGAGUUAAUCGCAGCCUGUUUAGUAAAAGAUCCAAAAAAGCGUCCAACCUCAGCAAAGCUUCUGAAACACCCCUUCUUCAAACAUGCUCGGUCUACAGAUUAUCUGUCCCGUAAGAUUCUCCACGGUCUUUCUCCACUUGGUGAUCGUUUUAAAAAGCUCAAGGAAGCAGAGGCUGAGUUGUUUAAAGGCAUAAAUGGUGACAAAGAACAGUUAUCUCAGCAUGAGUAUAUGAGAGGAAUCAGUGCUUGGAACUUUGAUCUGGAAGACUUGAGGAAGCAGGCAUCACUUGUAAGUAAGAAUCCAGAUAGUGAAAUGUGUAGUUCAGAGGUUGGGGAUGACGUACCAAAAAGAAAGCCAAUGGUGCAAAGGUCAAAGACUAUGUCUCUGGACAUGUUCAAGAUCUCUGAUAAGGAUCUGAUGAUGAGUUCGAGUAAUAGUCUAACGUACGGUGCAGUACUACCUUCCUUUCAUCGCAAGUUCCUCCCAGCUAUAGGAUAUCAAGUUGGCACGUUUUCUGAGGAAAGAAAAGCACUUCGUGAAAGAACUGCAGAGUCCCUCGCUCUUGAAGAGUCACAUCAACCAAAAGAACCAUUAGCUGAUACCAAACCUAUACUCUCUAUUGAAGAUCCGCAUCAAUUAGGAUCAUUAGGGGAUACCUUGCAGACGCUUGCUCUUGAAGAACCAUUAGGGGAUAGUACCAAGCAAAUGGGAAAAGCAGGAAGUGAGCCGGAGAAACCAAAGAAUGGCUACACAGUUAGUCCUGUGAAUCAGGCGUCUUGCACAGCUACUGAGAUACUCCCACUGUUACAGAGUCUCUUGUUUCAGAAUGACAUUCAGAGGGAGAAAGUCAUUAGAUUAAUUAGAUUUUUUGAUCCAACUGCUGAAACUGAAAAUCCAAUCUCUAAAACAAUCCAAGGAGUUCAGAUGUAUACAUCAUCAAGGGAGAGAGAACUACAAUCUCAGGUUGAUUUCUUGGAGAAAAGUGUUGAGAUUCUUGUAGAGGAAGUGAAGAGAAGAAAAGAAAUAAAUGAUCAGCUAGAAGGACAGAUCAGAUCUCUAACUAGUAGCAGCAGCAACAGCCUUCCUUGAGCUUUUGUCUCUUCCAACAUGAGGAUAAUAAUAAUUAUUUUUGUCUGUAUUCAUUAUUUAAUUGUUAUUAUAUAUCAUAAUUCCGUAGAAUCACAGUUGCUGUGAAUCCCAUAUUCAUUCCUCUAAUCAAAUCAGAAAUCGACAAGCAA